CGUGUCUGUCCCUGAACGGCGCCGGAGCCGGUUCCCGGGUCCAGCGGCAGAGGAGUCAGUCCCUGGGUUGUGCUCGGCCCCUGCCGGCCGCAGAGGCCGGGUCUCUCGACACAGCUCGGGGAUGUGAUUACUCGGAGGCGGCGGCGGCGGUGGCAGCGUCCGGAGCCGGGGGAGGGGUGUCUCGGGCAGAGACCCCCGGGCUCAGGGUGGCUGAGGCGGACGGGCCUCCUACCUCUGUGACCGCCUCUCUCUUUCCUGCGGGGUCACUGAAGUUCUUCGUCCCCUACAACCCUGCCUUGGCUCGGGGACACGGGCUGUCCUCGGUUUCCCCCGACUUGGGACACCCCGUUUUCUGAGGCGCGGAGGAGCGUCCCCCGGAGUAAGCCGCCUGUGUCCCGCCUCGAGAGUCUUCUCUCUCUUUCUCCCUCUCUCUCCUUUUUUAAAAUCCAAGCCUCUUGCUCCAGAUUCCGGCCCCAAGUCAAGCCACGGAAACCCCUUCCCCGCCCCCUUCAGAUCUUGCUGUCAAGUGGCUCACCCUGUCCCCCAGGUUGCUUCCGCGAGCCCCCCAUGCCCUGACUUCUUCCAAUGUCACCUACAGCCCAUUUGGUCUCAGUGCAGCCACAAACUUUAAUGCAAAGGAAAAGUCUCGAUUGGUUUCACAGGCCUUUUAAAAAGCGGACUUAAAAGUUGCUGGCAAUGCAUUCCUUCUCGUCAGAGUGGAGAGCAAGCUUUGGCUGAAACCUGGGUGACCCGUGUCCUUUUCCGGAGAGCGAGGGAGGGAAGGGAGAGCCUCUGGCCGGAGGCUUGUCGGAAGAUGGAGAGACAAAGAUAGGGGGUUGGUGACUUCCACCGGAGGAAGCCUCCCAAGACGGUCCACGGUUCCUUUAUGCACUAGUAUUGUUGACUCUUCAAUACCCAGUGAAUGUUUCUGUUUGUUUUUCUUUUUCUUUUUGAGAAGAAACGUAUGCAGCCCACAGAAUAUAUACUUAAAAUCAAGGAACGUGGAUAGUACCAUUGCAGUUAGAUUACUGCAAAUGGAUACACCUCGAAAAUAAUUCAAACUCUUGUUUACAUGAGUCAAACCAAGACUGCGUCCUUUUGCUAUGGAAGUUUUCUUUCUGUGAUUGGCCUCCGUGAUAGACUUGGGAGAUGCGUUGAUGUGAAGUCCCAUGCAUGUACUGGUUCCUGCUAAGCCCACUGACCGUUCUGGAAGAUCUUGAACCUCUUCUGGCAAGGGGUGCCUAUUACUGCUUUAUGGGGCAACAGCCUGGAAAAGUUCUCGGGGACCAAAGAAGGCCAAGUUUGCCCGCCCUGCACUUUAUCAAAGGAGCAGGGAAGAAGGAGUCAUCGAGGCAUGGGGGUCCACACUGCAAUGUUUUUGUGGAACAUGAAGCCCUACAGAGGCCAGUAGCAUCUGACUUGGAGCCCCAGGGUCUCAGUGAAGCAGCCCGAUGGAACUCCAAGGAAAGCCUCCUCGCCGGGCCCAGCGAAAAUGACCCCAACCUUUUUGUUGCACUGUAUGAUUUUGUGGCCAGUGGUGACAACACCCUAAGCAUAACUAAAGGUGAAAAGCUCCGGGUCUUAGGUUAUAAUCACAACGGAGAGUGGUGUGAAGCUCAAACCAAAAAUGGCCAAGGAUGGGUCCCCAGCAACUACAUCACCCCCGUCAACAGCCUGGAGAAGCAUUCCUGGUACCACGGGCCCGUGUCCCGAAAUGCUGCUGAGUAUCUGCUGAGCAGCGGGAUCAACGGCAGCUUCCUAGUGCGGGAGAGCGAGAGCAGCCCCGGCCAGAGGUCCAUUUCACUGCGCUAUGAAGGGAGAGUGUACCACUACAGGAUCAACACUGCUUCUGAUGGCAAGCUCUACGUCUCCUCUGAGAGCCGCUUCAACACUCUGGCUGAGUUGGUUCACCAUCAUUCCACCGUGGCUGAUGGCCUCAUCACCACACUGCACUACCCGGCCCCUAAGCGGAACAAGCCCACCGUCUACGGUGUGUCCCCCAACUACGACAAGUGGGAGAUGGAGCGCACAGACAUCACCAUGAAGCACAAGCUGGGCGGAGGCCAGUACGGGGAGGUGUACGAGGGCGUGUGGAAGAAGUACAGCCUGACGGUGGCUGUGAAGACCUUGAAGGAGGACACCAUGGAGGUGGAGGAGUUCCUGAAGGAGGCUGCAGUGAUGAAGGAGAUCAAACACCCGAACCUGGUGCAGCUGCUAGGGGUGUGUACCCGGGAGCCUCCCUUCUAUAUCAUCACUGAGUUUAUGACCUACGGAAACCUGUUGGACUACUUGCGAGAGUGUAACCGACAGGAGGUGAGCGCCGUGGUACUGCUGUACAUGGCCACGCAGAUCUCGUCAGCCAUGGAGUACCUGGAGAAGAAAAACUUCAUCCACAGAGAUCUUGCUGCCCGGAACUGCCUGGUUGGGGAAAACCACUUGGUGAAGGUGGCAGAUUUUGGCCUGAGCAGGUUGAUGACAGGGGACACCUAUACAGCCCACGCAGGAGCCAAGUUCCCCAUCAAGUGGACUGCACCUGAGAGCCUGGCCUACAACAAGUUCUCCAUCAAGUCUGACGUCUGGGCAUUCGGAGUCUUGCUCUGGGAAAUUGCUACCUACGGCAUGUCACCUUACCCGGGAAUUGACCUGUCCCAGGUAUACGAGCUGCUGGAGAAGGACUACCGCAUGGAGCGCCCUGAAGGUUGCCCAGAGAAGGUCUACGAGCUCAUGCGAGCAUGUUGGCAGUGGAAUCCCUCUGACCGGCCCUCCUUUGCUGAGAUCCAUCAAGCCUUUGAGACGAUGUUCCAGGAAUCCAGUAUCUCAGAUGAAGUGGAAAAGGAACUGGGGAAGCAAGGCGUGAGAGGAGCUACCAGCACCAUGCUGCAGGCCCCAGAGCUGCCCACCAAGACCAGGACUUCCAGGAGAACUGCCGAGCAGAAAGAUGCCACCACUGAUGUGUCUGAGCCCUCCCACGCCAAGGGCCAGGGAGAGAGUGAUCUCCUGGACCAUGAGCCCGCCGUGUCCCCACUGCUUCCGCGCAAGGAGCGUGGGCCUCCAGAUGGCGGCCUCAACGAAGAUGAGCGCCUUCUUCCCAAAGACAAGAAGACCAACCUGUUCAGCGCCUUGAUCAAGAAGAAGAAGAAAAUGGCUCCAACCCCUCCCAAGCGCAGCAGCUCCUUCCGGGAGAUGGACGGCCAGCCAGAGCGCAGGGGGACCAAUGAGGAAGAGAGCAGGGAGAUCAGCAACGGGACAGCGGCUCUUCCCCCCUCAGACGCCGUGGAGUCCGUCAAGUCCCCGAAGCCCAGCAACGGGGCUGGUGUCCCCAAUGGCGCCUUCCGGGAGCCAGGCAGCUCAGGCUUCCGCUCCCCCCACCUGUGGAAAAAGUCCAGCACACUGACCAGUAGCCGGCUGGCAGCCGGAGAGGAGGAGAGUGGCAGCAGCUCCAGCAAGCGCUUCCUGCGGUCCUGCUCAGCCUCCUGUAUGCCCCACGGGGCCAAGGACACAGAGUGGAGGUCAGUCACACUGCCUCGGGACCUGCCGUCUGCUGGCAAGCAGUUUGACUCAGCCACCUUCGGAGGGCACAAGAGCGAGAAGCCAGCCUUGCCUCGGAAGCGGGCCAGCGAGACCAGGUCUGAGCAGGUGGCCAGAGGUACAGUGACACCGCCGCCCCGGCUGCUGAAGAAGGGGGAGGAGGCUGCUGAUGAGGUCUUCAGGGACACGGAGUCCAGCCCAGGCUCCAGCCCUCCCAGCGUGACUCCCAAGCUCCUCCGUCGACAGGUCACUGCUGGGCCUUCUUCCGGCCCACCCCAUAAGGAGGAGGCCAGCAGGGGCAGCGCCUUAGGGACUCCUGCUGCAGCUGAGCCAACGCCCCCCAGCAGCAGGGUGGGCUUCAGCAAGGCCCCUGCCGAGGAGUCCCGUGUCAGAAGGCACAAGCACUGCUCUGAGUCCCCGGGGAGGGACAAGGGGCGGCUGUCUAAGCUCAAACCUGCCCCUCCACCUCCCCCAGCCUCAGCGGGAAAAGCUGGGAAAUCUACCCCGAGCCCCAGCCAGGAAGCCGCUGGGGAGGCAGGUGGUGGCACCAAGACAAAAUGUGCUGGUCUGGCUGCGGAUGCUAUGAACAGUGAUGCCAUCAAGCCUGGCCCGCUAGGAGAGGGUCUCAAAAAGCCUGUGCCGCCAUCUGUGCCAAAGCCACAGUCAGCCACCAAGCCACCGGGGACCCCCACUAGCCCAGGCCCCACAGCCUCCACACUGCCAGCAGCCUCCUCAGCCCUGGCUGGGGACCAGCCAUCUUCUGCUGCCUUCAUCCCUCUCAUAUCGACCCGUGUGUCUCUUCGGAAGACCCGCCAGCCGCCAGAGCGCAUUGCUAGUGGCACCAUUACCAAGGGUGUAGUUCUGGACAGCACUGAGGCCCUAUGCCUUGCCAUCUCUAGGAACUCGGAGCAGAUGGCCAGCCACAGUGCUGUGCUGGAGGCCGGCAAAAACCUGUACACGUUCUGUGUGAGCUAUGUGGAUUCCAUCCAGCAGAUGAGGAACAAGUUCGCCUUCCGCGAGGCCAUCAACAAGCUGGAGAACAACCUCCGGGAGCUUCAGAUCUGCCCCGCGACUGCCGCCAGCGGCCCAGCAGCCACCCAGGACUUCAGCAAGCUCCUCAGCUCCGUGAAGGAGAUCAGUGACAUCGUUCAGAGGUAGCAGAAGCCAGAGUCCCUCCAGCUUCAGCUGCUGCAGCCCCCAGGGCUCUCCAUGCCCAAGUCGAUCUGACAGGACCAGGUAGCUGGUGACUUGGCCCAGAGGGCUCUGUGCCAGGCAGAGCUCGGGCCUGCUGGAGCCAGCCUGCUACCUAUGUUGUGCACCAACUGCCCUGCACCCUUCCCUCUCCUCCCCUCCCCAGCCCAGGCACCCUGAGCCACCUCUGUCCUCAUCUUGUGUCUGUGGACUUCCCACACUUGGACUGCAGCUAGCAUGUCAAGCUUGUUCCCACCGCUGACUCAGACCCAGCUCUUGUGCCGGCUGGGAUCGCCCAGGAGGACUGUCCUUUCCGUGCUCCUCUCAUGACCUCCUCUCCUGGCAGUGCCUUCUGUGUCACCAAGGCUUUGUGCACUGUCACCUCUUCUGUGCAGGAAGCCCUGUGCUGGCUGUCUUUGUACCUGUCGUGCCGGAGACCCAUCCCAGGAAGGGGGUGCACACCAUUGUGACCACCCAGUCACUCCACCCAUGGCCUGGUGUGGUAUAUUCAUCAUUUGUUUUUAUGUGUGUGAAUGACAAGUGCUCAUUUGAGGAGAUUAUGGGGGGCCCAGAUAGGUGGGUGCUGAAGAGAAUGGAGCUGGGGAGUGUGUCCUGUCACCUGUCCUCCUGUGUGUGCAUUGCAAAUCCUGGAUAGAAAGCUUGAGUCCCAGGUGGCAGACACUGGCUGGCCUUGGCCCUUUGCACACUUCCAGUGCCCCAGAGGCCCCCCUCCCCCUCCCUUGCUCCUCUAAACCAGGUCAGUCCUUUCAGGGUUCUUGCCUUGGUGACAAGAUGGUCUGGUGUUUGGCAGUUCUUGGGCACUUCAAAGCUCUGUGCAGACAGCCGGGAAGGCCUAACAGUGACCAAGGGCCUUACAGACGUGGGCCUCAGCUUGAAACUGUAGCGUACUUACCAAGAGUAGCACUCAGCCCAGAGGCCCUUUUGGCCCCCCCAGCGUGAGCUGAGAGAACUGGCCCAGGAGCUGCCUCCCUUCCCCAGGCAGCCAAGACUACAGCUGAGGACAGGAAAGGACACUUGGGUCUCCUUAACCAUGACCCAGAAUGGCCAACCAAAGAGUGGGCAUCUGUCUAGAGAAACACCUCCUGCUCCCUGCACCCCGCCUCCCCAAGCCAGCCGCCUCCCACGGCCAGUUUCAACACUAAUCACCUAGAUUCGUUUUAUUUUUCUGGUAGAGAUGUUUCCUCUGGGCUGUCCUCCGUGGUUCUCCUUGUCCCGAUGGCUCUCCCGUAGCCCGAGGGAGGCGGUGCCACACCACCAGCGGCCUUGCUGAGCCAGACGGCCUCCACCCCCAUGGUCCAUCCCUGAGGUACUGGCCUGUUGUUGCUCACGUGACGUGCCACUAUAUUUGCAUUUAUACUUUGAUAUACACUCUUUAUAGACUUGCUUUUUUAUAAACAAUGUGUAAAUAGUUUGCCACUGCCUCCCUUCUGGAAUGCCAGUGGUGUGCCCCCUUUUCCUCAGUCCAGUACAUUUGUUUCUGUAUAUGACUCUUGUGUUUUUUGAAUCCAGAUCUCUCCUCUGUAGUAUUUUUUAAAUAAAUGUUUACAGAAUGA